GUCCGGUCCGCGCAGGCGUACUUUCCCGCGGCGGUCGCUGAGCUGCUCCUUUGUGGUCGUGGGUCCGCUUUUGUGGGAGGCCGGCCCGCUUGCUCGCGCAUCUGUCCGAGCGUCUGUCGGUCUGUCAGUCCGCGGAGGGGCCGCGUUCUACGCCCGCUGCCUCCGGACGGCUGAGCUUGAGGCCGGCCCUGGUCCCCCGACGCAGUGCCCCAGGUCGCGAGUGAUGGGGCGUGAGCGCAGCCUCGGGUGUGUGGUGCUUGCCGAGCCAGCUUGACCCCGACCUUGAGGGGAACUCAGGAGUCUCCGCGUGCGUGACCGUGCAGCCGGGAGUGCGCGUGCAACCCCACGGGGCUCCCCUGCAGGCUGUCCCUGAGCCCCAGGAGCAGGACCCGCGCCUCUGGGCCUGGCCUGGGGCCCAGGAGGCUGCAGAGCUGCCCACGCCUCCGGGGAACACUGCCGAGGGGCGCCAUGGAGACCCCUGCCCCGAAGCCCCAGGAGACAGCUCUGUCCUCCCAGGAGCCUGCUCUUACCCUCAGAAAGAAUCCAGAGGAUAAAUUGGGUCAGGGUCUCCUGGAAGCCAGGUCCGAGGAAUCGGUGACUUUCAAGGAUGUGGCUGUGGACUUCACACAGGAGGAGUGGGGCCAGCUAGACUCCCCUCAGAGGGCCUUGUACCGUGACGUGAUGCUGGAGAACUACCAGAACCUUCUUGCCCUGGGACCCCCAGUCUGCAAGCCAGAUGUGAUCUCCCACUUGGAACGAGGUGAGGAGCCGUGGUGGAUGCCCAGAGAAGCCCCUGGAGGGGCUUGGCCAGAAGGGGAGCCUGGGCAUGAGGUGAAGGACGAGUCAUGUCAACGACAGGGUGUUCACAAGGAAGAGCCUUACCAGGAGCCCAUCACUGAGCCACUGGUGAAGUCUAGCAUCCACAGCCCCGGUCUGGGCAAUGGGUGGGCCCGAGAGCGUCCGGCAGCCUCUCUGGUGAGGGGUGAGGCCACACUGCAGAGGCCAGUGCCCACCAGCUGCCGGGACAUUUCCCUGGAGAGGCACCAGCAGGGCCAUGAGGUGUCUGAGAAGGAUUUCCCCUCUGGACGUACCCUCUUCACCCCCCAGAACAUUCCUGAAGAAGCAGACCCUCCUGAUGGGUCCACCGAGGGCUUCCGGUCUGGUGAGGCAGCCAUGAAGCACCGGAGAGCAGGUGCAGGGAGAGGCCCGUGCAAGUCCGGUGAUCACGGUGAACAUCUGGCCCCAAGCAGGAGGCGGGUGGCGGCCUCUGGGGAUGGCCUCUUCGUGUGCAGCGAAUGCGGAAAAGCCUUCCGCCAGAGCUCGUCCUUGACCCUGCACCGGCGGUGGCACGCCCGAGAGAAAGCCUACAAAUGCCACGAGUGUGGCAAGGCCUUCACCUGGAGCACCAACCUCAUCGAGCAUCAGCGCAUCCACACCGGCGAGAAGCCCUUCUUCUGCGGCGAGUGCGGCAAGGCCUUCAGCUGCCACUCAUCGCUGAACGUGCAUCACAGGAUCCACACAGGCGAGCGGCCCUACAAGUGCAGCGCCUGCGAGAAGGCCUUCAGCUGCAGCUCACUGCUCAACAUGCACUUGCGCGUGCACACAGGCGAGAAGCCCUACCAGUGUGGCGCGUGCGGGAAGGCUUUCAACCAGAGGACGCACCUGACGCGCCACCAGCGCAUCCACACAGGCGAGAAGCCCUACAAGUGCAGCGCGUGUGGGAAGGCCUUCACCUGCCACUCGUCCCUGACUGUGCACGAGAAGAUCCACAACGGGGACAAGCCGUUCAAAUGCGGUGACUGCGACAAGGCCUUCAACAGCCGCUCGCGCCUCACGCUGCACCAGCGCAUCCACACGGGGGAGAAGCCCUUCAAGUGUGGCGCGUGCGGCAAGGCAUUCAGCUGCCACUCGUACCUGGUGGUGCACCAGCGCAUCCACAGCGGGGAGAAGCCCUUCAAGUGCAAUGAGUGCGGCAAGGCCUUCAGCUCCCACUCCUACCUCAUCGUGCACCAGCGCAUCCACACCGGGGAGAAGCCCUUCGACUGCAGCCGCUGCUGGAAGGCCUUCAGCUGCCACUCGUCCCUCAUCGUGCACCAGCGCAUCCACACCGGGGAGAAGCCCUACAAGUGUGGCGAGUGCGGCAAGGCCUUCAGCCAGAAUCACUGUCUCAUCAAACAUCAGAAGGUCCACGCCGGGGAGAAGUCGUUCAGAUGUAACGAGUGUGGGGAAAUGUUCGGCUGGAGCGCCCACCUUGCCGAACACCAGAGACAACACAGCGAGGAGAAGCCCUUUGCCAUUCAGUUCAACAAGCACUUACUGAGCACCUACUACGUGCCGGGCAGCCUGCUGGGCACGGGGGGCACGGGCGUGAGCGGCGUGGACCCACUCAACGCCCUGGACGUGGCAGAGCUCUUGUGCGUGGUGCAGCCCUCGGCCAGCAGGACUUUCCCGCUGGGCAGCAAACCUGGAAAUUAGCAUGGCGUGCUGGUUGUCAUCAGCCUCGCUGCUUCCCCAGAAAGCACUGCGGCUCAGAUCCACGUGCCUCAGAUACAAGACUGGCCCUGCCGCCUGUGCCCAUCUCCCCACGCGCUGGGACACCUCUCUGAGCGGUCGGCACCACCCUGGGAAGGGCUGCCCUGGAGGAGGGAAGACGUGAGGGCCGUUUGAGGAUGUCCUGUCGUCCUGCUUUCCUUGGGCUUGCAAGUCACCGACCUGGGGAGUAGGUCUUACCUGAGGACAAAAACAAGGUACAUUGAUCAUUGUGUCCUCGGGACCGGCUCCUGGCAUGAUUUCGAUCAGGAAUUUCCUUUGUAUGCUGUUAUGUUUAGAAUAAUAAUAGUGGUAAUAAUAGAAACAGAGUAAGUAUGAACGCUAUUCUUUCCAAGUGAACAUUAUUCUGUUCUGGGAGAGGAGAAUAAUCUUCACUGGUGGGGGUUUGGGAAAAGGCAGAUUUCCUGGCCUGGCUUCAUUGAAGCAGCUCUACUGCCGGUGACAGCACCUCCGUCUCAGAAGCCCAGCAUUAGCGUAGCCAGGUCCUGACACACCAGCUUCGUCCUGGUGGGAAAUGGUGAGCACACAGGCGGGUGCCCGGCGUUCAUCCAGGGUGUGGUGUUGGGGAUAGAUGUGUCUAGAAGCACGCCUUCACCCAGGCUGGCCAGUCUGCCCGCAGGGCCUCCCUCUGCUCACCGGUUCAGCCCUGUGGGAGGAGCCCCUCUGAGGGGACCUGUCCCCCUGCUGUCUUCAGAGGUGGACGGCGUUCAUCUGGAAUUAACGUUUAUUCCACGCAGUCCUAAGCAAAUCCAAGCUGCUUUCUCAGUGGUAAUACUUUAUGUUUAUAGAGAGAGCUAUAGUUUAUGAAAUGCUUUUUAGUAUACUUUUUAAAUUAUGGCAGCAAAAUGACCACAUUUCGGGAAAUGUGGAAUUAAGAAAAGACUCCCAUAAUUGCUAAUAAAACUGCAUUUCGCACUUUGAUACAUUACCUUCUGCUUGUUUCAGAGUGGAUUUUUACGUUACUGCAAACAUAGUGUAUAUAUCACUUUAAUCUUUUUUUCCCACCUACUGCAUAGCAGAAUUUUUUCCCAAGUAACUGCACUGUCCUUGGAGUUACAUGUGUUUUAAAUGGAGGCAUAAUGUUCUAUUAAAUAUUCUUUUAUUGGA